GCGCCGUAACAGCAGCGUUCGUGAUCAAUGCAAUGAUGGCGAAUCCCUAUGGCAUUUUCCCGACGAUGCCCACGAAUAGCAGUGCCACACUUUUGUGUGCGCACUGCAAAAAGUUUUUCACGUAUAUGGACAGUGUUGUGCUGUGCGAGGGUGCGUGUAAGAGGUGGUAUCACACGAAAUGCGCCAAGAUCCCAGAGACGAAGUAUCGGGUGAUGCAGGACAAGGACGAGAACAAGAUCCUGGGACUAAAGUGCAUUUGGACGUGUAAGGACUGCAGGGACCGGCCCGAGCCCUCAAGGGAUCUAGAGUUUGAGACUUUUGUGAGGGAGAGGCUUGGCAAGCUAGGGCAGGUGCUCGAAUACCUGGUGACCAAAAUUCAAGAUGUAGAGAACAGACAGAAGUCGCAGGAGGUCGAGUUUACCAAG